CAGCAGGACGGAUUAAACAGCUCAGCAGGACGGAUUAAACAGCCUAACAGGCCGGAUGUGGCCCAAAGGCUGUAAUUAGUUCACCACUGCUCUAACGCCUCGUAGGCGGGCCGUUUCUAAACGGCUUUGUAGGUAACGCGCUAGUGUGCUUUGUAGGGUGUGCGGGCCGCCAUUCUGUAGUCCUUGUAGUGCACUUAUAUAGGGAGCAGGGCGUGAUUUGGAAGUUACCCAGUGACUUGGUUAUACUGUAUUCUCAUGCUGUUUAUACAUACAAGUGAGACUAUACCUCUGUUAUAGGUAGAACAAGCAAGAUAUUCUUUGUUUUUGUUUAAAAACAAUGGUUUAUUUUAUUAAUUGUAAAAGAGAGUGAAAGUUAUAAAGAAAAUGGCAGGGCAGGUAAAAUAAUAAAAACAUCGCCUACUUCCGUUUUCAGUUCUUCUAAGAAAAGGUGGGCAGGUCUUUCCAGUAAAGGCAGGUGCAGACAUAUUUACAUAAACACCAGGAAGUUUGGUGUAUUUGUCUCGUCCACACACACACACACACACACACACACACACUAAACGAAAAACAGCUUGAGACCCGAAUUUGAAAAAUUCAGGAGUAAUAAUUACAGGAUUGUUGGUCUACCAUGAGAUCACCAUGACUCUGAAGUGUGUAACAGCUGCUGUGUUGUUCCUCUGUUUCUCGGGGGUUUCAAAUCUACGCGUGGUGAACAUCUCCUCUCUGACCUGCGAGCAAGCUGUGCCGUGCACAAUUCGCAUUAAUAACUGUGUGUAUGAAGAAUGGAUGACCCCUCAGCCUUGGACUCCAUCCGGUCCAGUGGAUCUGAAGGUUCAUGUAGAUGUCAGGAUUAAUGAGAACAGAGACUUGGUGCCUGUAAUUGUGGCAGAAUGGAAAGCAAUGGAUGACGCAAGCAUUAGAUACAUUAAUGGAACUGAGUUUCAAAUAACAAAGCAGGGCAGCGGUGAGCACUUCUGUGUCCAUUACAUACUUAAAAACAAGAUUGAGGCAAUGAGAAAUCCAGCAGGUGAACAGUGGUCUUUUUCUCUGGACAAAGUGGCUGUUGAUCCAGGUGGGACAUAUUUGGUGUCGGUUUCUAACCUCCCCAAACCAAACUUAGCCCACACCACUUACAACGUUAACCAGACUAUCCAGGUCUCAGGUUGUAAAAGUCCUGAAAUGCAGCCGACUCGAAUCUGUAUUGAAAGGGGAGAAAACUGGAAUCCCAAUAUUUCCAUGGUGAGGUCCGGGCCUCAGAACAAGACAUUAUUUGUUACCUUCAACACUGAUGAGCAUUCUGAAAAGUAUAAAGUACAUGUGAAGUGUAAAGAACAUAAAGAAACCACAGCUCUCAGUAAGGAAAAUGGUUCAUCUCUCAAUGUCACAUUUAAUCUUGAAUCCUGGCCACACACCUGCUGUGGUUUCAAUGUGGAGAUCCAGCCCUUCUUUAAGUGUGGACAUGACUGCUUACGAAAGAAUAAGUUUUUUAAUAUAUGUCCAGACCCACCAAAGCCAUCCAAAGUUGCAGAUGAUUUGUGGAAGGCGUUUACAGGGUUGUUUAUCCUACUCUGUGGUCUUUGUGCCAUUUGUGGCAUUUGUUUGCAAUACAGGAAGCAUCGGAAAAGUCCAGCAAUAAACCCAACUGAGCUCCCUACUCCAGAUCUUCCAGACGUUGAGCAUUCCGUGUUGAUCUUCUACUCAAGAGACCAUCCAAAAUACACUGAUAUAGUACUGAAGCUCUGUGCCUUCCUGAGGGCAAAAUGCGGUACGGAGGUUUACUUGGACCUCCUGGACACGGCCUCUGUUGGAGCCAUGGGCCGCUUGCAAUGGACAGAACUACAGAUGCGUCGUAUAGAGAAAUCCUCUGGCAAAGUGCUGGUCCUCUGCUCACGAGGAGUGCAGGCAAAGUGGGGGGCCAUGUGUGGUGAGCCUCGAGUCCUCUUACGUGAAGAUGUUUGCUCGCCAAUGGGGGACAUGCUGACACUCGCCCUGCAGCUCAUUACACCAGACAUGCAGCGGCCCGCCUCUUAUGACAAGUACAUGGUAGCCUAUUUUGAGGAUAUAAGUGACACAAAUGACGUGCCUUCCAUGUUUGAUGUAGCGGUCAAAUACAAGUUAAUGAAGCACUUUGAAGAGCUUUUCUUUCGUAUUCUGGAACUGGAGAAAUAUCAGAAGGGGAGGGUGCACACAAUCAAGGGACUUGGUAUUGAUGAGUAUAUCGACUGCCCAUCAGGCAAAGCUUUGAGGGAUGCCAUUGAAGCCUUCCAGGCUUACCAGUUAGAGAAUCCAGACUGGUUUGAGAAAGAGUGCUUAAACAGUGAAGAUGAGGUUCCAGUAGAUGAGAGCAGCCCUUUUCUUAAGGGUUGUUCCACACCGGUUCUUGUGUGUGAGCCUGUGCUCAACAAUGGACCCUCUGUAUGCACGUGUGAGGUGGAGAUUCACCAAAUGGACCAGACCCAUAGUGUAUGGUCCACUGAAAUACCAAACCUUAACCAGGAAUUCGAGGAGCCUUCUGUUCUACAUAUCCAACCAGCACACCAGGUAUAUUCCCUCCAUCCAGCUGUGGAAGCUUCUUUUGGUAUCCACAAAGCUGGAGUGUGCCCUGCAGAUUUAGAGGACCAUCCCUGCAUUUUAGUGGAACCUGCAAUACAUGAACCUUUACCAUCAAGUAAGAAUGAGGUAUUUGUAAACAGAGGGCCACCUCUAGAGGAAUUUCCUGCUAUAGAUAAAGAGGAGGCCCUGAAGAAGCUGUUAAAUCUCCAAGUGUCGCUAGUAUCCUUUGACAUUACAGCUCCUCCACCUUCAGUGGAUGAUGAGUUCCAAUCAUCUUGGGAUAUGCCAUUAUCCCAGCCAAUCGAGAUAGAUGAGAGUCAGGUGGAAGAGGCUUCAGGUCAGAGACAAUCAAGAUGGUCAGAUCAAGGAUACAGUUCAAGAGACUCCAUGGUAAGGGAGGAGCCUCCCCCAUCCUCUCUUACUGCAUUAGCUAAACUGCAGGAAGCCCUAUACCUAAACAGUCCCAUCUCAUCCGGUUUCUGCACAGAGACAAUGGAGAGUUGAUAUUAAUGUGACCGUAGACUUCAAGUACACCCUACAUUCAGUCCAUUUAUAAAAGCCAUGAAUUGCAUUUGGUGCAUCUUUUUUCACGAACAAUGGGUGUGAAGCAGGAAUGCAGCCUAGUGCCAGUCCAUCCCCGAGUGCCACGUACACACAUUUACAGCUACGGGCAAUUUAGCAUAGCCAAUUCACCUACUAGGGUUUAGUUUUUUUAUGUUCUCAUGUUGUCAACAGGAAAUCAAUGUAAUUCCACAUAUUCUGUAGGAGAUGUGUUUUAUUGAAUAAUUAUAUACACCAAGUGACAAUUAUCUGAAACCUGUGAACUGUUAUUUGCUUACAUGAAUUUGAUAAUCGUGUAACAUUUCUGAUGACACAUUUUAACAGACAGAUGGACAAAUCCGAGUUCACAGAUUUCCAUUUAAACAGGUUUUACAUUUAAUAUUGCACAUAACCUUUUUGUUAAACCUUUUGGUUAAACGUGUUUUUUAUCACAGGGACUCUACAAGCUGUAAUUUACAAUAUAUUGAUUUUUUUUUUUUUGUUACCAUCGCAUGCAUUGCACUAUAAACAACUUUUCAUGUAAAAACAAAUAUGUAUGAAGAUGAAUUGUUUCUCAGUCUUCUCACAAGUAGAUUUUUAUAAUCACAUGAAUGACUCCAUCAGAUGGGGCUUUGAAUGUAAUACUAUAAUUGUACUUUAUGUUACUAUCUGCAAAUGAAAAACUGCAUUCUUUGGUUGUCUUUGUUGUGUGCUUUUUUUGUGGAAUUUUACUGUAGACAUAUAAAACAAAAUGACCUUUUUCUAUGGUUAAAUAAUUACUCCAGAUUUGCAAAUAAAAUUCUGUCAUUUUAUAUUAA